AUGAUACCAAUCACCAUCAUCACAGGUUUCUUGGGCUCAGGAAAAACAACGCUGAUCCUGAACUUGAUACCUCAACUCCCUAAAACCUACAAGCUCGCACUCCUAAAAAAUGAAUACGGCGACGUCAAAGUCGACACAGCACUCGCCUCCUCGGCCGCGAUAUCGGGUGUACAGGAACUCCUCAAUGGAUGCAUAUGCUGCAAUCUUGUCGGGCAGCUCUCCGACGCCCUCGAAACGCUCGCCAAUGAUGUAAAACCCGACCGUAUCGUCAUCGAGACCUCGGGCUCUGCAUUUCCAGCAACACUAGCCAUGGAAGUAAAUCGGCUGAGCAGGGAGACGGGAAAGUAUGUCCUGGAUGGUGUCAUGAGCGUGAUUGAUGUAGAGAACUGGAAGGGAUACGAGGAUACAAGUUACACGGCCAAGAUGCAGGCAAGAUACACAGAUUUGAUCGUACUCAACAAGCACGAGCUGGUCAGCGAAAGACGGUUGGAGGAUGUGGAAGAUGCAGUGCUAGCGCUGGAGGUUGAGCCACAAAUACCCAGAACAAAGAGUAGGAAAGGGUGGGUGGAUAAGGAUAUUGUCUUUGGGCUGGAUGCGAGGUUGGCCGGAGUCACCGAAGAGAAUGGAAGCGCGCAUGCACAUGAGCAUGAUCAUGACCAUUCCAGCGAAGUUGAGGUUCUUACUGUUACACUGAAAAGCAAAGAUGGGAAGGGUAGUGUGGACACGGUGAAACUAGCAAAACUCCUCGAGGAUCCAACGAAAGACGAAGUAUACCGGAUAAAAGGCAUCCUAUACACCUCCACUCCACCAAAGUCAUCAGAUACUGAGGCGGAUUCCCAUCAAAAGAUACCAGAGGGACGAGCAAGAUACAUCCUGAACUGGUCGUUCGGGCGCUGGACCUUUACAACUGUACCAUUACCAGCCACCGGGAGCUCCAGCGAGGAAGAUUUCACGCUAAGGUUGACGGUCAUUACUGCGAGAUAUGAGUCGACUAAAUGGAAGAAGCAAAUUGAGUCAAGCGGGCUGGUUGCAUUAGAAGGCAAUGCUGAGGGCUCCUUGACAGUUGAGAAGAUAGCGUGA